AAACAUUGCAUGAUGGGAGCGAGGAGUAGCUAUGGCGAGGAGCGCGCUACGGAUGAUUGAAUCGCGAUCUUUCGCUUUCUCGCGACGAUCUCCCCUGAUCUCCACAUUCCUGGUCUUCUUUCUCAGGUAACGCCAAGGCAGGGCGCCGAUCUCCUCGCGGAGCGCGGCUCGGAAAUCCUAGGGUUUAUGGGAAUGCGCAGCAGCGGCAAGGAAAUGCUGGCCUCCUCGAUGCCGCCGGCGGAUGAGUGGAGCGAUGUAGCGGUCAGCACGCUGCUGGAUUGCUACAACGACAAGUACAUCGAGCUCAAUGGGGGAAGCAUUGGCACCAAGGGAUGGCAGGACGUGAUCUUCAAGCUCAAUUCGGUGUGCGCGCAAGGCAAGCCCGUCUACAGCUACCGGAGAUGCAAGAACAAGCUGGACGUGAUGAAGAGGAGGUUUAAGAUUGAGAGAGACCGAAAGGCGACGAAUGGAGGGAUCUCGGAUUGGCCGUGGUUUCAGAAAAUGGAGGAGAUCGUUGGUCGAAAUCCUAGGCUAGGAGCAGCGGCCGCACUUGUUACUGGGACGAUUGGAAAUCACUUCCACCAGCAGCAGCAGCAAAAUCACCACCACCAGCCGCAAACUCAUCCUCCUCAAGUCCAACCGUCUACUCUUCCACUACUCCACCAUCACCAAGAACCUGACGAGCAAGGUUUGGUUGGAAGUGGAGUUCUCAACUCUAAACAGGACCAUCGGUUUGGAUCAUCGUCGUUGCAAGCCGCUGCGCAGCACGUCCAAGACGAGAUAUCAGGUGGCCAACUUUUGUCCGACCAGCAGGACGAUAACGAGGAUGAUGACGACGAUUGCCAGGCCAGGAAUAGCAGCAAAGCGUGCAAGAAGCGGAAAAAGGGUAGCGCCUGCGGUUCUAAUCCGUUGCGUCAUGCCAAAGAGAUUGCUCGCAUCGUGACUGAAGCUCUUGAAAGGAUGGAACUGAAGAGGCUGGAAGUGAUGAGGGAGCUGGAGUUGAAGAGGAAUGAAACUCAGCUCCAGAUCGCGAGGAUGAUCGUAGAAAGCAACGCUAGGCUACAGCAGCAGCAGCAACCACAACAACAUAAUCGCCAGCCUUCGACUUCGUCAGAUCCACAUUCUUACGUGGAGCAGGAGCACUAAGUAAGAUUGGUUUCUUUGUUCUUAGCUUAUAGUUCUCAAAAACAAAUCUGGUUGCA